CCCUGCGACACCCUGGCGUCGCGCUGGCCGCAAAUCGGCCUGGCGAAGUACGUGGAUGACAUCACCGUGCGGGCCCGGGGCAUCGCCUGGCAAGUGGUGGACGACAUGGCCGACGGCGCGCAGUGGUUCUUGCGCACCGUGGAGUCCACGUUGCAACUGGAGGUCAGCGUGGACCGGGGGAGGAGGCUCGCCAGGCUCGGCAUCCACAUGGAGCAGCAGGCGAGCCAGCUUGGUAUUGACAGGAAAGGCUGGAAAGGCCGCGGGCUGGAGGCUGCCAUGGCGCGCCGCCGCCUGUCUCGCCGGCGCCUGGCUCGCGACCGCCCUCAACGAGCUGGUCGCGUUCGAGUGCUCGCUGAGCGCCGGCGCUUGGUCGUCAAGGCCAAGAGAUGGGGGGCCAGGGUUCUGCUGGUCUCCAAGGGGGGCCUCCUGCCAGCGGCCACCCACGAGCACAGGGCGAUUGGCCUCACUCCUCAGGAGGUCGCACAACUCUGGAGCAUGGUGAACGCAGCGCUGCCAGGUCGUUCGAGGCACCGCUCGACGACGCUGAGGUUGGCGUGCUUCGGCGAGGACCCUGGCCCCGCCCUUACGUCAGCGCCAAUAGCAGCCUGGGCCGAGCACGUGUGGGGCCACCCAGGACUGUCUCCCACCAUGUCGGAGGCCUGGAAACGGCAGCAGAUCCGGCUGCUGCACGACGAGUCGCAGUCA